GCUCCGGUCUCGAAGCAGAAGGACAUACACGCAAACAGUGGGCCAUACAUAUACUACAUACACUCCCGUACAACAACAACAACAACAUUCAUCGGUAUUUUUUUUUUUUCGUGCGUGUGUGUGUGUGUGUGUGUGUUUGAUUUGGAUUUUUGUUCCAGUGUCGUUUUUCGAAUCGUGUUUUACUUCAUAAGUGUUUUUUUUUUUUUUUUUUGUUAGUGCCGCGGCUUCCCUUAUUUUUGAAAAAAUAUCAUCCGUUUUUAUUUACUCAAGUGUUUGUGGCACGAACAACAACAACAACAACAACAACAAAAAACACAGCAUCAUUACGUAGGGGGAGAAAAAAGAAAUAAGUGGUAAAACGUCUGGAACACCUGUGCGCGUCGGACAUAUACAUACCCAGUAAAGAAAGAAGGAGGACGAAACAUUUGGAAUUGUUUUUUCACCGCUGAUGACGCUUGAUUUUGUUUUCACGCGGGAAAAAGUGCUGUCCGAGUGAUUGAAUUUGAAUAACUCGUGUGAGACUCGUGUCAGUUUUGCUCUUCGAACAAGAACAACAACAACAAAAAAAAUGUACAAAGGAAUGAACCAAACGGCGGCCCAGCAUCUGCUGUCCAGCAUGUUGCCAUACGAUUCAAUGGGCGGCAUGGGCCUGUACGAACAAACUAAGCCCAGUUUGAUGUACAGAGUCCCGCGAGUCGUUCCCGACCAGAAAGGCCGGUUCGAAUCCGAUGAACUCUUCCGUCGGCUCAGCCGCGAAUCCGAGGUGAGGUACGUCGGAUUUCGAGAUCGACCGAUGGAGGAACGCCAAAUGAGGUUCGCUGCCGGAUGUCGGGAGGGACACGCUGAAAUCGCUAUUGUGGCGACGGGCACUAACUUCCAGUUAGUCUUCGGACCCGGCACGUGGGGUUUCAGCAGCGACGCCAACCGCGAUUGCGAUUUCGACAAGGAACCCGGCAAGGUUCACAUCAAGUCGCGUUUCAUUUUGAACGGCGUUUGCGCUAAAUGGCGAGGCUGGAUCGACCUGGAUCGUCUCGACGGUGUCGGUUGUGUCGAAUUCGACGAAGAAGCAGCUCGGAUUGAAGAUGUUUACCGACGGGAGCAAGUGGAACGUUUCAAUCAGCGCCUGCGCGAAUUCGAGGAGGACCAACGAUAUCGCAGCCACCACGUAGCAGCCGCCGUCGAACGCCAAUCGCAAUCCGAACACAAUCCCGACCUUGUUGAUGCGCGCAAGAAGAUGGAUCUGUCCGCCGGCCACGCCCCUCACUGAGUACAUUAACACCAUCGGAGUAUUUCACAAACCAGAACAUCCGCCGAUUCUGUUUGCGUCCCCAUUUUUUUUUUUUUGUUCAAAAUUAUUUCGUCUUUCCACAUCAAUUGUCUCAACCAAUCAACAGUUACGUUUCAGUGUCUAUAACAGGUUGAAAUAAUUCGGCUUGUUUUUUAUUCGCUACGAUUGAGAAACGAAAUGUUUUUUUUUUUUUCGUUUCUUUUGUGUUUCAUUGCAUGAUAAUGAUAUAUCAUAUAUACGCAAGCGAUUCGGACCGCUAGUCAGGUCACACUUGAAUAAUGUUUCACACGCCGCGAUGAUAUUUUGCGUGUGGGUUUCUCUCUAUUUUUCUCCAGUCUGAAUAUUUUUUUUUUUUUUCCGUGUUCUUUUUUUUUUUUUCUGGAAUUUUCCUUUUGUCCAAACAAAAAGAAAAAAGAGAUCGCGUGUAGAGCGUGUUUUCGUUUGAUUCUCAAUUGAGAUCGGAAAUUAGUUUUAAAUUUUUUUUCCCUAUUUAAAUUUUUGAAAUAGAAUGACAAUUUCGAACGAGGUUUUUAGAAUACAGUUGAAAAACAUAAUUUUUUAUACAUAAACUGUUUUGAUUUUUCGAAAAAAAAAAAGAAAAGAAAUAGGCUUUGAAAUGAUUCGUGUGAAUUUGAUCGAAAUCGAAACAGAAAAUUGGCUAAAAUUAUUUGUAAACUAUAAAUGAAUUGGAUUUUUUUUAUUUUUUUAUUUUUUUUUUUGAAUUCGGCUUUUUGUGUAAAAACAAAAAAUCAACAAAACACAGGCGUUAAAGUUCCUCUCAUCCUUUUUAUUUCAUCCGGAGUGUAGAACAUAAUCAAAGGUGAAAAUCACGAAACAAAACUCCUCCUCCAUCAUUUCAUCCCCUCCCAUUUAGACCACCUCAACGUUAUUAUUUACACACACACACACACCCACAAAUAAUUGUUCUUUGUGUCCUUUCAUCUAUUUCUGUUAGUUAACUUCUAAUUUGUUUUUUUUUUUUAUUGUGGGAGGAGAAGGGGUUUCUUCACGACGUACUGAAAUGUUCCCAACAGAAAAGUUCGAGACACCCGUCAUAAUUUUUUUGCAUAAUGAAAAUGCACGCACGAUUGGGUGGUUGGGUCGUGUCCAAUCAUUCGGUUAUUUUUGCAAUAGCAAUCCUGUUGUCGUGCGUGUGAACUGAUUUCGCUGUUUGUUUCUUUUGUUCGCGUCUUGUUGUACAGUGUACGUGUGUGUGUGUGUGUGUAUGUAUCUGUGUGGCGUCCACAUCCAAAUAUACCGUAUAUCAUAUA